GUCUGCGGCUGCGUCCCCCGAAAGGCGAGCUGCGCCGGGUUCCGGUCCGCAGGGAGAGCGAAGGGCAUCACUCCCGCGCCGCGCCGCACCCAGCCCUGAGCGCCGACGCCCCGGGAUGCCUGCUUCCCAGAGGACCCCCGCCCGCAACCCCCCCCGCGUCUCCCCCAGGCCCGCUCCGAGCCUGCUGCCUGCGGCCAUGAAGAGCCUCGGCCUGGCGCUGCUGGCCUUGCUGCUGUGCCCUGCACCGGCCCAUGGUCUGUGGUGCCAGGACUGCACCCUCACCACCAACUCCAGCCAUUGCACCCCGAAGCAGUGUCAGCCGACGGACACCGUUUGUGCCAGUGUCCGGAUCACUGACCCCAGCAGCAGCAGGAAGGAUCAUUCUGUGAACAAGAUGUGUGCUUCCUCCUGUGACUUCGUUAAGCGACACUUUUUCUCAGACUAUCUGAUGGGGUUCAUUAACUCUGGGAUCUUAAAAGUCGACGUGGACUGCUGUGAGAAGGAUUUGUGCAAUGGGGCAUCUGCAGCAGGACGCAGCCUCUGGGCCCUGACUGGGGGACUCCUGCUCAGUCUGGGGCCUGCUCUCCUCUGGGCUGGGCCCUGAGGUCCUUCCUCCCUCCCUCAUGUGGGGCUUGGGAACUUGGUCUCCUAGGCUGUUGCUGUCCCUCCCUAGCCUGGCCUAGCUGAGGCUGGGGAGCCAUGGCCCAGCAUUGAGGUCUGUGGCUCUUAAUCUCCUCCGAUGAGGAGCCUGUCCACCUCUUUGCCAGCUCCACAUCCCAGGCAGCUGGACCUCUCCAGGAGACUAGGCUUCUGGGCCGGAAGCAGGGGGUGGGGAGUGAGGGCAGGAGGCUGGGACCCCCAGGUCUCCAAGGGGAGGGGAGACCAAGCCAGGUAUAGCCCAACAGUCUGCCCUGGGGCAUUAUCUACAGAGAAAUAAAGUCACUUCUGAGUCCUGA